AUGUUUCGCACUCCGUUUCCAAACAAAAAACCUUUGGUAGAUGAUAACUCUACGUCAAAAGUAUUUCUUCCAGAUUUGAAUGUUCGUUUGAUAUGUCCAGAAUGUAGAAAUUCUCAAGCAAAUUUGAUUGAAGAAUACUCGAGUGGAGAUAUAGUUUGUGGAGAUUGCGGUUUAGUCCUUGCAGAUCGUAUUAUCGACACAAGACCUGAAUGGCGUACUUUUAGCGGCGAUGAUAAUGGUUCGGAUCCUUCUCGAGUUGGUGCAGCAGCAGACCCAUUAUUGAAGGAUUCAGCUUUGAAUACAAAUAUUUCACCAAAGGGUCGUAAAGGUUUAACUAGAGCACAUAUUAAAGCAACAACUAGUGAAUUUGAUAUGACAUUAAAACAUGCAUUCUCGGAAAUUGAAGCAUUGUGUGGUUCAAUGAAUUUAACAAAAGAAAUUUCGGAUACGACAAAACAAUUAUAUAAAAGGUCAAUUGAGGAAAGAUUAUUUCGUGGGAAAAAUCAAUUGGCAAUUUUCUCCGCAUGCAUUUUUAUCGCAUGUAGGGUUAAAAAAGUUGCGAGAUCUUUUAGAGAAAUUUGCUUUUCAUCACAAGUUUCUAUAAGAGAGAUUGCAAGAUGUUAUAAAAUAUUACAUCAAAAUUUGGUAUUGAAUGUUGGACAAAUGACUUCUGAAGAUUUAAUGAUUAGAUUUUCUCAGAGUUUAAACUUACCGAGAGAUCUUCAAAUCACCGCCACAAGAUUAAGCAAGCGAACCGAUGAUUUAGGUUUACUUACUGGUAGAAAUCAAAAUACCAUCGCUGCUGUUUGUAUUCAUUAUGCAUCUGAAAUUUCUCAUGGUGGGAUCCCUAUUGAUGAUAUCGCAAAAGUUUCUGGAAUGGCUAUUGGUUCUAUCAAAUCAGUUUACCGUUUGCUUCAUGCUAAACGAGAAAGCUUUCAAGAUAUAAUUGAUAAUAGAGAAAGGGUCAUGUCGUAA